AUUUCUGGUCUAUUGUCUAUGGAUUGAAAUUUUAUUGAUAAUUUUGUAAUUUCGGUGUGGUAAUUACUUUAACAAUUUUGUAAUUAUUGUAUCGAAGCAAUUACAUUUCAGUUGUAUCGUAAGAAUAAUCAAAAUCAAUAUUUAAUUCAUACCGGCACUAGCUGUGGUUGCUCGGUAAAAUGGCGACUAUAUCAUUUGCUAAAAGUUUGGUUAACCCAGCUCUGAAGUUAGUACUAAAGCAAAGCCAGUGUUCUCACAUCAGAUGCACCAGUCUGCCAACACUGACACCAUUAAGUAUCAUUUUGAGGCGGAAUUAUGCUGAAAAGCAGAUCUUUGAGAGAAACAAACCACAUUGCAAUGUUGGCACCAUUGGUCAUGUUGAUCAUGGGAAAACAACUUUAACUGCUGCUAUUACCAAAGUAUUAUCUGAUCUCAACUUGGCCCAAAAGAAAGGUUAUGCAGAUAUUGACAAUGCACCAGAAGAGAAGGCCCGUGGUAUCACAAUCAAUGUUGCUCAUGUUGAAUAUCAGACAGACAAAAGGCAUUAUGGGCACACAGACUGCCCUGGACAUGCAGAUUACAUCAAGAACAUGAUCACAGGCACAGCACAGAUGGACGGUGCAAUUCUAGUAGUAGCAGCCACAGAUGGUGUUAUGCCACAGACGAGAGAACACUUGAUUCUGGCCAAACAGAUUGGUAUUGAGCACAUUGUUGUGUUCAUCAACAAAGUUGAUGCGGCCGACCAGGAGAUGGUUGAGCUUGUGGAGAUGGAGAUACGAGAGUUGAUGUCGGAAAUGGGCUACGAUGGUGAUAAGAUACCUGUUAUCAAAGGUUCAGCAUUGUGUGCGUUAGAAGGAAAGAGUCCAGAGAUCGGCGCAGAGGCAAUAAAUAAGCUACUCGAGGAAGUGGACAACUUCAUUCCAACCCCAGUGCGCGAGCUAGAUAAGCCGUUCCUGUUGCCAGUGGAGUCAGUGCAUUCGAUUCCCGGACGUGGUACUGUGGUCACUGGCCGCUUAUAUCGAGGUGUUUUGAAAAAGGGUACAGAAUGUGAAAUCGUUGGUCACGGCAAGGUCAUGAAAACAACUGUGACCGGGGUGGAGAUGUUCCACAAGACCUUGGAAGAGGCUCAAGCAGGUGACCAGUUGGGAGCCCUAGUUCGCUCCAUCAAGAGAGAACAGAUUAGACGAGGCAUGGUCAUGGCCAAACCUGGCACUGUGAAGGCCCACGAUAGCUUCGACGCGGCCGUGUAUAUCCUGAGCAAGGAGGAGGGCGGUCGCGCCAAGCCGUUCACCUCGUUCAUCCAGCUGCAAAUGUUCUCCAUGACCUGGGACUGCGCCACGCAGGUCACCAUCCCAGAUAAGGAGAUGGUCAUGCCCGGUGAAGAUUCCACUUUGCAGUUGAGACUCCUGAAACCUAUGGUUUGCGAAACUGGACAGCGAUUCACCCUUCGACUUGGAGACCUGACCCUGGGAACUGGUGUCAUCACUAAAAUCAACAAGGACCUCUCAGAAGACGAGAGAUUGAAGCUUCUAGAAGGAAAGAAGGCAAGGGAGAAGGCUGCUGCCAAGAAGUAGACUGGCUUUUAUUAUUUAAGAAUAGAAUUGUAGCUAACUGUACGCAUUUAAUUAUUAGAAAAAUAAACUUUUAAAAAUCA